CGCGGUUCAGUUUCUUUAGUUCGCGUGCACUGGUGCUAUAGACCGGUCAAGUAACAAGCGCUCACGUAUCGGUUGCUAUUUCGAGUCCAAGGCACAGUAUUGUGGAGUGGUGUAUUCGUAUUGAUAAGCUCAAUCAACACCAGUACGUCGUACGCGAAGCACGUUUCGAAAUCGAUGCUGAAUAAUCGGGCGCGCAAUUUGUAAUCGAAUAAUUUGUGAUUAUUCGUUUCGGCCGCGUAGCUAUCGAGGUUUAAUAACAUUUGUUACAAGUUCUGUGUGAUUUUUGGACUGCUCUUCGUUUGGGCUUGGAUUUUGUGGAUUGACGGAUGACUGUGGUUGCGAUACCGUUUCUCUGGGACCGAAGAGGUGGCGCCAUGGAGAGUUGCUACAAACUGUACACAUGGAUCAACCAUACGCUGCUGAUGUUGCUUGUGCAGAUGUUCUGGAAAGUCAGCCAGAUAUCGGAUUAUUUUAAACCGAAGUCCGUCGAAGACCAGAAAGCGCAAGAAUCAAUGAUCUUCCCACCUUUAUCAAAAGAGUCAAAACAACGGAGACACAUCAGAUCAAUGUCAGAUGUGCAGAGCAGUACACCGUACCGUUUCCCAUUUAGAUCAAGAAAAGGCUUACAUCCCACUCUAACCUAUGACUCAGACACGCGUGCAAAGAAGAUAACAUCAUUUAGACACAGAUUCAAUGACUCCUCAGAUUCGAGUGACUAUUUGGAAACACCAAAGUAUUUAAGUAUAGAACACAACAUCGUCAAGCAUUCUGACUCCAUGAGAAUACUAUGAGCAUUAGAAGAUCUGAAAGUGGUUAACUAAUCUAGUUACAAACUAGUUCUGAGUUUUAUAAAGUCCAGUUCCCACUGACUAUUUAAUAUCAAAGACAAUAUUAUAGUAAGUGCAGUGAGAUUUGACAUAAGAACAAUACUUGCAAUGCGAGACAAUAGUUGUGUAGGUAUAAUAAAUGUAUAGUUUAUAGGACUAAACAAAUUGUCCUUUAAAGGAACAAUGAAGUAUGUAAAUAGAAAAUCAAGACAAUAUUUAUUUUAUAUCCUUGACUAAGCCUCCCUAGGCGAGGAACACUAAAGAUUUUAAGGAAGCAUUUCAUUUAGAGCUUAAAUUGCAAAAAAAAAAACAUUUUGUCCCAGUUUGAUUAUACCUAGAUCGUUCCAGCCAAUUAAAAUAUCAAUAUAAAAUUCACCUCUUUUAAGCCUUAUGUUAUUUAGUUGAACUGAUUUGUUUUCCAAUGCAGUAUCCCAUAAGCAUCUUUGAAGAUGUUAAGUUCAUAAAAUUGUGGAUAUAGAUUUUGUUAAUAAUUGAAUUUUACUUUCGCUUUCUUAAAAAGCUAUUAUAUAUAUUGUUGGUUUCCAUGUCCUUAUCCAAUUCUGAAUUCGUCUUAAUUGUUGCAAAUUAUUAGGUAGGUUUCUAGACCCUAAAUGCUUCAUUAUUGCUAAUUUAUUUUUACGCCAAGAUGCCGUUACUCCAAUAGGCGUUUUGUUCAGUCUAUACGAUGAUUUAUCUAUGGGCAAUAAAACAAAAUAUGUUAGAUAGACUUUUGCCUACGACGUGCCGUUAUAACGCCAUUUUCAAAUAUUCAGCAAAGUAGAUGAUUUGACUAAAAGUUGUCGUAGAUUUCCAUAAAUUUUAUUAUUAUUUUUAAAUCGAUUUCCUUCUUGCGAGUCUGAGGUAUCGAGCCUUACAUAAUGCUUACGAAAUAAAAUAUUGUCUUGAGUGCACUUAUUAUGUAAUUGAUCGAGUUCACAGAUGUAGUGUGAAAGCGGCUCCGAUGUUAAAGUAGCUUGUAUAAUAAAGGACUGUGCAAUUUCUAGUUAACAUGAACCCAUCGUGAUCGAACUAAGUGAUUUCUAUGAGACUGUGAUUGUGUAAGAGAUAUGGCUAUUUAUGUAAAAAAGCUGAAUAACAAAAAAAGUGAUUUAGUUUGUAAAUAAUAUUAUUUUUAAGAGACAUUUUUAAUAAGCGCUUAGUUAAAAUAAGUGGAUAAAUAUGAGUCAAUUAAAUAUUAAUGUUAUGUAAUAAUACGAAAUAUUACAUAACUACCUAUACUUAUUCUGUCAGUUUAGUUAUUUAUAUUAUUAUUAAAAUGUAAUGAAGUUUUACUUUUUAUAUAAAUAUUUACGUAGAUAAGUAUCUACGUAAAUAUUUUUUAAAUGAAUAAAUUCACAUAGCCGUCAAAGAGUUUUAAAAUGCUUAUGACAAUUAUUUAUAUUUGUCCUUUUUUAAAAUAUUUAAAAAAAUAUUACCUACAUUAAUAUAUUAUACAUUUCCUUCCUAAUUCCUAUUUUGAUAACCAAAGCUGACAGAGUUGGUCGGUAGAAAUAAAAUAUGCAGUGCCACCAACAAUUAUAAUAAUUUUAAGAUGGUCUUUUCAUUUUCUUAAAAAAAUUAGGUAAGUAUUUGCAAAUGGUUCCUCACAAUUCAAUCCAUGUUCAAGUAGCAAUUUGCCUAUUAAAUAAUACCUAUAUUACGAAAGUACAAAAACAAACAUAAUAUUUUACUUUAGUUCCUAUUCGUUCUGACAAAAAAGUUUUUUUCGUGUCUAGGUAGGUAGAUGUAAUUAAUACAAAAACCUGUCAAUGACAAUGUCACAACGAUGUAAAAAAGUGUUUAGAAUAAACGAGGACUAAACUAACAAACAGAAUUGGUACUACCUAGGUUACGUAGGUACCUAUAUCUUGGCAACUUCGUUCGUUAGAUGAGGAAGCGCGCCGGGGGGCCUGUAGCGAUGAAUGAAAAACCCACGAAUGACUCACCUCACUUCCCCGCACGCACGAUCUCAUACCCGCGCAGUCUUUCCCCUCGUCGCCCGCAUAUCAUGGGAGUGUUAUCAACGAGCUUGCCAGACUAUGAUACCUACUUACCUUCCCAUACUUUAUAUGUAGCAGAUACCUAAGAGUUGUUCCGCUAAACCUUGUUUUUUGUACUUUUAAUAAACAUGAUUUUGUCAUACACUACCUAUAAAAAUAACAUAUUAUCUAUCUACUCCGUACGAUGUGAAAAUAAUAUUUUAAUAAAUAUAAUUUUUGUUAAAAUUUUCAAAAAUAAAAAACGUACAAAAUU